AUGGAUCAAAAUGUUAGUCAUGGUGUUGAACCUGUAAACAAUAUGAAGCCUCCAACUACUCCAGGGGCAUUGCUUGUGGAGUGUGCAAGAUGUUUCAAAUGGAGGUACGUACCUACAAAGGAGAGGUAUGAAGAAAUAAGGGAACACAUUUUGGAACGGCCCUUCUAUUGUGAAACAACUAGUGAAUGGCAUUCUAUUAAAAAAUGUGACGAUCCACCUGAUGUCACUGAAGAUGAAAGCGGACUCAAGUGGGUAAUUGAUGCGCCUAAUAUUCCUCAGCCUCCACCAGGGUGGGAACGUCUUAUCAAAUUCAGAACAAAAAGAGUCAGCAGGUAUUUUAAGCCGUCAUCGACAUCUGAGAAAACAAUACUUCGUUCCUCAAUUGAAAUUGAAAAGUAUGUUCUUAUUAUCAAGUUUCUUCCCAGGUACUUGGAGCAACAUCCGGAGGAUGCAACACAAAGUGCAAAGCUGGAUAACUUCUCAUUUCAGAUCCCAAGAUCAUUAGAGGAAGAUUAUAUUGUAAAUGGUGGUAUGAAUUUGUAUUAG